GGACGCAACGAUAGUAAACAUGUCCACACCAUGAUGUUUUACUUUUAAGCUGACGUGGAGAUGUUUUUUUUUAACAUCUUUUACUUUAUAUUUACCAAUAACAGUUAACUCGCAUUGAAAUAAUUAUAUUUUUUAUUCACCAACAUGUUCCAAGUAUCUGAUUUCCAAAAAAUUGGUGUUGGACUAACAGGAUUUGGUGUGGUUUUUCUCUUCAUGGGUGUGAUAUUUAUUUUUGAUAGAGGACUUCUUGCAAUUGGAAACAUAUUGUUCAUAUCAGGAUUAGCUUUUGUCAUUGGCUUGGAAAGAACAUUCCGGUUUUUCUUUCAACGACAUAAAUUAAAAGGAUCUGCAGCUUUUUUUGGUGGACUAUUUCUUGUAUUAUUUGGUUGGCCUAUUAUAGGGAUGUUAGUUGAGACAUAUGGGUUCAUCUUGCUUUUCAGUGGGUUCUUUCCUGUAGUAAUAAACUUUCUACAAAGAAUUCCUGUUGUGGGGACUUUGCUGUCGCUACCAUUCAUCAAUAAGGUUGUAGACAGGAUAGGAAAUGAUCCUACCAGAUCAAUAGUAUGAGAAGAGUUCUAGCUAUUGAAGAAAAUUGCAUUUUUAUAAAACCAACCAACAUCUAGGCAAGAUUGUUCAUAUGCAAUGGCAAUACAGAAUAAUAAGUGAAAUUUUGUGACCCACUAAAAUAUUCAUCCUACUAGGAUGGGG